GGGGAAAAAACAAAACUAAUAUACAAAAAAGCAAAAGCGCGCCCCGGUUUUUGCAGGACAUUAUCAUGAGUUUGGUAGGAGGCUUUCCUCACCACCCGGUCGUGCACCAUGACGGCUACUCGUCCUCCUUCGCUGCAGCAGCUGCAGCCGCCGCUGCCGCGAGCCGCUGUCAUGAGGAAAGCCCUUAUUUCCACGGGUGGCUCAUCGGGCACGCGGACAUGUCGCCGCCGCCGGACUACGGCAUGGCGCCUUCGUCCUACAGCCCCGAGUACGCCGCCAAUAACGCCGCCGGCGGUGUGUGCGCGCCCGGGCCUGGCUUGGAGCACGGGCCCUAUGGAGCAGGCGGCGCGGGAGCACUCGUACCGGGCAUGAUGGUGGUGCCGCGCACCGUGAAGCGGAGGCCCACGGCGAACCGGAAGGAGAGACGCAGGACUCAGAGCAUCAACAGCGCGUUCGCCGAGCUGCGCGAGUGCAUCCCGAACGUGCCCGCAGACACCAAGCUGUCCAAGAUAAAAACGUUGCGCCUUGCUACCAGCUACAUCGCCUACCUCAUGGACAUCCUGGACAAACACGAGCAGCACGGCGGCGGCGAGACGGAGGCCUUCAAGGCCGAGUUCAGGAAGGCGGACUCCAAAGAGGAGAGGAGGAAGAAGGAAACGAAUGAAGUUUUGAAAUGUUCAGGGAGCAGCAAUGACAAGAAACCCAAAGGGAGAACUGGUUGGCCGCAACACGUCUGGGCUUUGGAACUGAAACAGUGAACUAAAAAAAAAAACAACCUUGAAUUGAGGCCUUUCCUUGUCAUGUUUUUUACACUAACUUUAUUUAAUGGAAUAUUUAUGUGCAAUUUCUACGGACAGUGGAUCCUUGAAGACAAAACCAAACAAAAAAAAAAAAAAAACAUUCCAUUUUUAAGAGGAGGAUGCCCCUCUUGGUAAGGGAUUGUGUUGUUGUUGUUGUUGUUGUUGUUGUUGUUGUUGUUGCUAUUGUUGUCUAGUUUGUGGUGAAUGUCUGCCACUAAAGUGAAAGUGUAGGUCUUUCUCGUGCCAUUUUUUUCUGAAUAGAAAAAUAUAUCAAAUGAAAGCUCGAGGAAGUUCUGAAACAGUUUGAAAUAACGUUUCAUCUGGAGAAAGAAAAAAAAAAUGUCAUGAAGUGUUAUGUUGUGAUGUUUUGUUGUGGUCGUAUAUAUAUUGGAAUCUCUCUGGUCGUGUUUGAAACCUAAUGUUGAGUCCACUCAAGUGCACUUCCGUCCAGACACCAGAAGUUUAUUAAAAAAAAAUAAUAAUAAUAAAUAUCUGACGAUGUAUACGAUGUAAUUAAUUCAAUAAACCACUGUGUUUUAAACGA